AUGUCAGUGCGUCUUACUCAAGAAAAAUCUCAAAAAUUCAAGGAAUUAUGUAAACAAAUUUUACGCAAGGAAUAUGUUUCUAUCAGAGAAUUUUCUGAACUGAUAGGUAAAAUGGUAGCAAGCGAAUACGGCGUUCCGUAUGCAAAAUUAUUUCACAAAAGACUGCAUAUAACUAAAAACGAACAGUUACGGAAACAACGAGGCAAUUAUGACGCAAAAUUCGGUCUCAAUGAAAUGUGUAAGCAAGAUAUAAAUUGGUGGAUCGAUAAUAUAGAGAUUUGCAAGAAAUAUGUGUGUAUUGGAAAUCCCGAAAUUAUAAUUAGAUCAGAUGCGUCUUUAACGGGAUGGGGCGGAGUUUAUGAGAGCCAAUCUACAGGUGGUAGAUGGUCGGCUGAAGAAAAUUCUUAUCACAUUAAUCAGCUAGAAUUGUUAGCUGUGUAUUUAACACUGAAGUCAUUUUGUAGCAACGCGUCAUGUGUACAUAUACACGCGCAGAUAGAUAACACAACUGCUGUGACGUAUAUAAAUAAAAUGGGCGGUAUGAAAGAAAAUCUCAAUGACUUGACAAGGGAGAUUUUGUUAUGGUGUAUAAAUAGAAACAUCUGGUUAACUGCUGCACAUUUACCGGGGAGUGAAAAUUGCGAAGCUGACUAUGAAUCGCGUAAUAGCAAUGAUGACACUGAAUGGGAAUUAGAUAGUGAAGUUUAUAUAAAAAUUGAACAAUUAUUUGGAAGCCCUGAUAUUGAUUUAUUUGCUUCACGGUUAAAUUACAAAGUUACGCCAUACUGUUCUUAUAGACCAGAUCCAAAUGCAAAACUUGUUGAUGCAUUUACUUUUAAUUGGGGAACAAACUUUAAUUAUAUUUUCCCUCCUUUCAGCAUACUAGGAGCAGUAUUGAGGAAGUUUGUACAGGAUCAGGCAGAUGCAAUCGUAAUAGCCCCGUUAUGGCCAACUCAACCUUGGUUUCCAAAAAUUCUACAGUUGCUUGUGGAUUGUCCCAGAAUUUUACCAGUGAAGAAAUCACUUGUGACACUUUCGUUCAACAAAACAAAAGUUCAUCCGCUCCUCAACAAACUUCACCUGACAGCGUUCAAAUUGUCCGGGGAUCAUUUGAAAGUCAAGGUUUAUCAAAAUCAGUUGUCGACAUUAUCAUGCAUUCAUGGCGAGACUCCACAAAACAACAAUAUUGGAGUUAUAUCAAAAAGUGGGUGUGUUUUUGUGUUGAAAAACAUGCUGAUCCCAUGUCAUCAACUGUAA